AUGUAUUUGUUUCGUAAAGCUUUCAGGGUUUUUGAAUAUAGCGGCGUGGAAACUAUUUUAGCACUUGAAAAUGAAAACGUCGCGAUACAGUGUAAUACGAAUUUACCAAUGUCUUAUUGUGGAUUUCUUCAUCCAAGCGGCAGAAGAUAUUCUUUUACAGACUUAGCAGCAAGUAAUGGGAACUGUAUUAUUAAAAUAAAUGCAACUAAAGCCGACGUCGGAGUAUGGAAAUGUUAUAUCGGCAUGAAAGCAACGCGUGUUGAGAUGAUGAAGGUGAUUGAACUAAGAGUGGUGGAUAACGUGGCGGCGGUGCAAGAUAAUGUUACGGCAAUGCAUGGAAAGACUGUAACUUUAGCCUGUGCGACUACAAAAGGCUUGGUGCCGCUAAGUUACUGCCGAUUCGAGCCGCCUAAUACCAGUCCGUUCAGCAUUGAUUCAACUGUCAGUGUUUCUAAUCCAAUUUUAAAUAGAUAUUAUUUCCCGCCAAAUAAAAGUUUAGACCGCGGUGAUUGCGCUGUUACUAUACGUAAAGUCAAAUAUGAAGAUGUGGGAAUCUGGACCUGCGGAGCAGCUUUGGAUGACGGCAAGGAAUAUACUGAUCGGAUUAAACUCGAAGUUAAAGGACUCAUGUCUACUGCUUCUGUUACCGGUGUAACUGGCGCGCGGUUCUGA